AUGGCGACUUCUCCCAUUUACCUUGACCCCUCGCACGUUGGCAUUAUCAACGUUGCUGAUAUCUCAUCCGCCUCGCUUGCAGAAUGUAACCGCUUGUUGAUGAAGAAUCACGAGGAGUUUCACAUGUUCUUCCGUGAUACCGCAGGCCACAAUCAUAUCGUCCACAGUCUCCUCACAAUUCUGUCUUUGGGAGCCGAUCCCAAGGAAUUACAGGAUCGCUACGAUGAUGGAACCCCGAUUCAGCGGCCUAUGCCUGACAUUGAUCAUGACCUGCUCAAGCGGUUCUCAGAUCCAGAGGUGGUUUUGAACACCAUCGGUGUGAUCACGCAAUAUCACACAUUCCUUGAGUUCUUCAAAGGCGAGAUAGCUGCGAAGGGAUGGAAAGAAACCGUCCAAGAAUACGUGUUUGCCCGUACGAAGAUUGCUGAUACUAUACUUGCGCGUAUGUAUGAGGGUGCAUAUCAUCCAAUCAUUCACUUGGGGCUUGGAAUUGAGUUUCAGCAGCCCCUUAUUAUCGCUGAAGCUCUUGCUCAAGCAGCAGCUCAUGAUAAUAGCAACAUUGGCACACUAUUCCAGAGUGCCGAAGCCGAAGCAAGCAUCGCUUAUCCCACCGCAAGGCCAAAGUCUAUGAUCCAGCUAAUCAAUGAGGUGCGUGCUAAUGAUACUAUUCGCACUGCACCUCGCUGGACCGAUUUUGGCAACAAGAUGCGCGAUGGCAUUAUCGGUCGUGCAGGCGAGGCCAUGUCGAGCUUGGCCUCGCAGUUUCGGAUUAAAAAUGAUGAGAAAGAGCUACAGAGAAGGACUGCUGAAAUGAUCAACACAUGCGCUUUCUUUGCUGGCGCUUCUCAGCAUGAAGGGCGUAAGAAGAAAAUUGAUUUCUUCUACAUGCAUAACGUGACUAGCAGUCUUUUCUUUUCUAUUUUUAUCCAUCAGGACUGGAUCAAAUUAGAAGACCGUGUGCGUCUAGUCGAGUGGAAGGUACGACUAGAUCUCGCAUGGUAUGCUGUCUCUGGAUGUGCUGCACUUGAUGAGAAAUGGAUCUCCGAGUAUUCAAACCCUGAGAGUGAUGGAAUGGGAUGGGAUGAGCUAUUUACUGCGGUGAUUAAAGAGCAUGAUGAUGGACAUGCAGCAAAAUUCAUCCGUGCUCUCAAGAAUGGACAGCAGGAGUGCAAAGAAUUUGAACAGGGCGAGUGGGAGACGUAUUUUCCUAUCAAAGGUGAUAUGUGGCUCAAAUUAGCGAGGAUGUGCCAGGAUACAACCAAGAAUCUGCCCACUGAUCUCAAGUGGGUGCCAUUCACGGGUUUUGACCAGCCUUGGAAGAGACCUGACUUGGCAAACUAA